GGCCAGCCCGGUCGCUGCCGGGGCGCGACGCGGAGGGAGCGCGGUUGAGAAACCCAGUUCCCACCAGGCCGCCGCGCGCCGGUCCGCCCCGCCCGCCGCCGAGCGCGGGGAGAGCCGCCGCGGGCCCUUUAAGGGCCGAGAGGUGCGCGGUCUCUUUAAGGCAGGUCCUGGUGGUUUCUGUUUUCUGAAGGAAGUGACGGGGGGUGGGAUUGAAUGAAAAGUGCAAAACAGAGUCUCGGAGCUCCGGAGCCGGGGGCCGCGGGAGGCGCCGCGCUGGGACUGGGAGGCGGACCGGCCCCGGGAGCGCGGCGUCCGCCUCGGAGCCGCCGGGGGGCGCGCGGCGGAGCGCAGCCCACGUGCCUCGGCGCCACGUCGCUGGCGCCCCGCGGCUGAGCCCCCAGCCCCAGGGGGAGCCGCGCCCCCGCGCCGUGAACUAGCCUCCAAGUUCGGGCAAAGUUUGGCCCCGCAGCUCCCUGCCCGCUCGCGGCGCGCCGGGACCGCGAGGGCGGCGGCGGCUCCAGGGGAUGCGCCCGCCCGGCCGCUGCGGGGUCCCCCGGGCGUCCCCCGCGCUGCUGCUCCUGCCGCUGCUCGUGCCGCUGCUGGGGGCGCCGCGCGGCGUGGGCGCGGGGGCCGGGGCUAGCUCGCCGUCGGAGCUGCGGGUGCGGGUGCGGCUGCCUGACGGCCAGGUGACCGAGGAGAGCCUGCAGGCGGACAGCGACGCCGACAGCAUCAGCCUGGAGCUGCGCAAGCCCGACGGCACUCUCAUUUCCUUCACCGCCGACUUUAAGAAGGAUGUGAAGAUCUUCCGGGCCUUGAUUCUGGGGGAGCUGGAGAAGGGGCAGAGUCAGUUCCAGGCUCUCUGUUUCGUCACCCGGCUGCACCACAAUGAGAUCAUUCCCAGCGAGGCCAUGGCCAAGCUCCGGCAGAAAAACCCACGGGCAGUCCGGCAGGCUGAGGAGGUGCGGGGGCCAGAGCGAAUGCACAUGGACAUCGCCGUCAACUUCAGCCAGGGGGCGCUGCUGAGCCCCCAUCUCCGCAACGUGUGUGCCGAGGCCGUGGAUGCCAUCUACACCCGCCAGGAGGACGUCCGGUUCUGGCUGGAGCAAGGUGUGGAUGGCUCCGUGUUCGAGGCUCUCCCCAAGGCCUGGGAGCAGGUGUUGCUGCCUCGCUGCGGGCAGGCGGGGGACCGUGGGAGGCCCUGCGUCUGCCGCUAUGGUCUGAGCCUGGCCUGGUACCCCUGCAUGCUCAAGUACUGCCACAGCCGCGACCGCCCAGCGCCCUACAAGUGCGGCAUCCGCAGCUGCCAGAAGAGCUAUAGCUUCGACUUCUACGUGCCCCAGAAGCAGCUGUGCCUCUGGGAUGAGGACCCCUAGCCAGGCUGGCACGAGGGGUGGUCCCCGAGGCAGCUGCCCGGGACCCACUGCCCCUCCCCCAGCCGCCAGGGGGGUGCCCCCCCCCACCUCCGACACCCGAGGCCUUAUUGCUCUUCCUUCCAUCACCUAAUCCCGGAGCCUCUGGCCCCCUCACCCAUGACUGUGAAGGAGUGUGGCGUGGCAAGGGUUAACUCAUGAAGGCAGCCCCCACUCCUGUCCCGUGCCUUCCUUGGGGACCCAGGGAGAAGGGGGCUUCUCCAAGCUUGCCUCCCCUCCUCCAUCUCCCUGAAGUGUUCACUUUCAAGCACCCAAAAUGUGACGGCCUGUGACUCUCCUGUUUAACUCUUCUAAGGUUUAGACCCUGAAAGGUGUCUGUGCCUGUCGUACCCACCUCCCUACACACAACCCCUGCCCCACCGUUGGGAAGGACCUGGCCCCUGUGCACCGUCCCACUGUGCAGCAAGGAGGGGAAGAAUCAUUGCACCAGAGGGGGCACAGCCCCAAGCACGGAUCUCAACGCCUUCCUCUCACUCUGGCCUCUGAGGCCGCCGUCCCCACCCUGACACAGACCGUACGUGCCUUUCUGCAAACCUGGACUUUGCCGAGGGAGCAGGUGCCGGCUUGCUUCCUCUAAACGGAAAUAUUUUUGUAAGGUUCUGGGACAGGGAGGGAGCAUGAAGUAUGAGGAAAACUUGAAUUCCAGAUUUUUAAUGCAAAAUAUUUAUCAUUUGUACCAGAAAUAAAAGUUUAAAUUUUUACUUGACUGACAGCUCUAGACACAGAGUUCUGAGAGAAUUUUUAGCCAAUGCUGCCACCUGGUGUCAGGAGACGGUGUCCCUGUCCAGGGAACCGUCUUGGGGACAGCCCGUCUAGGGACAACUCCUGAAGCACCUACCGUGUGCUCAGUCUUGGCGGGGGAGAGGGGAGGAUGUAGCUGGGGGUGGCUAUUACUAGGAAGAGCUAUGACAAAACUUCUGCACUUGAGAUGAGACAGACACAGGUGGGUAAGCAGUAAAAGACACCGUGAGAUCGAUGAAAAUUCUGAGCCAGACCACUCCAGGGAUCGAAUCCUGGAAAUAGGUUUAUUGUUGUUUUUUUUUUCCUAGUUUAGGGCUUCUGAGGUGCUGUUAAUGGUAAAGAAGAAUGCAGGAGACAUAAGCGACCCGGGUUCGAUCCCGGGUUGGGAAGCUCCCCUGGAGGAGGGCAUGGCAACCCACUCCAGUAUCCUUGCCUGGAGAAUCCCAUGGACAGAGGAGCCUGGCGGGCCACAGUCUCUGCUCUCACGAAGAGGCGGGCGUGAACGCAGCACACACUCGCUGAACUGUAAUUGAUUUACAGGGUUGAGUUAGUUUCUGUUGUACAGCAAAGUGACUCAGUUGCACACACACACACAUAUAUAUAUUAGUUUGCAUUUGUUGCUCCCAAACUCCCAAUCUGUUCUCCCCCACCAUCCCUGCUCCCGUGGCAACCACAAGUCUGUUCUGUAUGUCCAUGAGUCCGUUUCUGUUUUGUAGAUACGUUCAUUUGUGUUGUAUUUUAGAUUCUACGUGUAAGCGAUAUUAUAUGGUAUUUGUCUUCCUGAUU